UUCAAACAACUUGUCAAUCAAUCAUGUCUUCUUCCAACCAUUUUCUCCAUCUUCUUGUCUUCUACUUCUUCUUCACAACCUCUGUUCUCCAUUUCUCUUCUUCUCAACUGCAGAACAUCAUCACCUCCUUUUCCGUCUCCAAUUCCCCAUGGCGGCCCACCCAGAACCAGAUACUUCUUUCCCUCGACUCCACCUUCGCCGCCGGAUUUCUCCCCCUCCCAAACUCCCGAUCCCUCUACACUUUCUCCGUUUGGUACCACAACAUCUCCUCCAAGGACGUUGUCUGGUCCGCAAACCGCCUUGGCCCUGUUUCUGCAGCUGCUUCUUUGAUGAUUUCCAGCUCCGGUGAGCUGAGGCUGGUCAAUUCUUCUGUUACUGGUCGAAACCUUUGGCCUUCUCCAGCUAUUGGAAGCGUAAAUGGAAGUGGGCUCUCGCUACUUUCCACCGGUAAUCUUGUUUAUGGUGAUUUUCAAAGUUUUGCUAUUCCGACUGAUACGAUUCUUCCAAAUCAAAGAAUAAACGGGACGACGCUUGUUUCUAAGAACGGCAAGUUUAUGUUUGAUUCCAGGCAGCUUUUUCUUGUCACUAGGAAUGAUAGUUAUUGGUCUAAUUUGGGUAAUCUUACUUUCAUGAGUUUGGAUACUAAAGGCAUUCUGAUGUAUGGUGAUACUUCAAGGUAUUAUGCGUCGGAUUUUGGGGUUGAAAAGUUGAGGCGAUUGAGUCUUGAUCAUGAUGGAAAUCUUAGGUUGUACAGUUAUGAUACAGGGUUGAGUCAAUGGGUUGUUGGAUGGCAGGCUGUGUUCCAGCUGUGUUUGAUUCAUGGCACUUGUGGGGCAAACUCUAUAUGCAUGUAUGAUGCGUCGAAUCUUUCAACUUCUUGUGUCUGCCCUCCAGGGUACCGGAGAGCAGUUAAUAAUUCAUGCGAGUUGAGAAUCCCAGUAAAGGAUUUGGGGAGAAGUAAGUUUCUGAAAUUGGAUUUUGUUAAUUUUACUGGAGGGUUGAACCAAAGUGACAUCAAGACAUUCAAUUUCACCACUUGUGAGGCGCAGUGUCGGUCCAAUCCGAGUUGCUUGGGGUUCAUGUUUAAGUAUGACGGAUCGAAUUACUGUGUUCUGCAAUUGGAGAGGAUGGUUGAUGGAUAUUGGUCUCCGGGUACGGAGACUGUCAUGUUCUUGAGGGUUGAUGAGUCUGAGACUCAAGUAUCAAAUUUCACUGGUAUGACAACCUUGAUGGAAACCGUGUGUCCUGUGAAGAUAAGGCUCCCUCAACCUCCAGAAGAGUCUAGGACCAUCACUAGGAAUAUUCUGAUUAUAUGCACUAUUUUUGUAGCUGAGCUACUUGGUGGUGUGUUCUUCUUCUGGACAUUUCUCAAGAAGUACAUCAAGUAUAGGGACAUGGCCAGGACCUUUGGGCUUGAGGUUAUGCCUGCUGGUGGCCCUAAGAGGUUCAGUUACGCCGAGCUUAAAGAUGCCACUAAUAAUUUCUCGAAUCCAAUAGGAAAGGGUGGGUUCGGUGUUGUUUACAUGGGAAAAUUGAACGACGGCCGGGCUGUGGCUGUGAAGAGUCUGAAGAAUAUAACUGGCGGUGAUGCUGACUUUUGGGCUGAGGUUACAAUCAUUGCACGGAUGCACCACCUUAAUUUGGUUAGGUUAUGGGGAUUUUGUGCUGAAAAAGGUAGCAGAAUAUUGGUGUACGAGUAUGUGCCUAAUGGAUCGCUGGACGAAUUUUUGUUCCAGACUGCUGAGGUUGAAUCGUUAGAGAUGGAACAAGAAACUGCAGCAGUUAUUGGUUCAAAGAACAAACCUAUUCUUGAUUGGAAUAUCAGAUACAGGAUCGCAUUAGGGGUGGCCAGGGCGAUAGCAUACUUGCACGAAGAGUGCUUGGAGUGGGUGCUGCAUUGUGACAUCAAGCCAGAGAACAUACUGCUAGGGGAAGAUUUCUGCCCAAAGGUAUCCGAUUUUGGGCUUGCUAAAUUGAAGAAGAAAGAGGACAUGAUUAGUGUGUCAAGAAUGCGUGGAACACCAGGGUACAUGGCGCCUGAGUGGACUCGACCUGAUCAAAUAACUUCAAAAGCUGAUGUAUAUAGUUACGGAUUGGUUCUCCUGGAAAUCGUCAGCGGCUCAAGAAACUUCACACAGUUAGAUUCAAAGGUGGCGAGUGACCAGUGGUUCUUUCCACGGUGGGCAUUCGACAAGGUGUUCAAGGAGAUGAAUGUGGAGGACGUUCUGGAUCCUCGUAUCAAGCACACUUAUGAUAAUCGAGAACACUUUGAUAUGAUCAACCGAAUGGUGAAGACCGCUAUGUGGUGCCUACAGGACAGGCCGGAGAUGAGGCCGUCAAUGGGAAAGGUGGCUAAGAUGCUUGAGGGGACAAUUGAGAUCACUGAGCCGAAGAAGCCCACCAUAUUUUUCUUAGAGGACUAAGGGUUGUGUCUUUAGAUCCUUUCAUAAGAAAGCAAGAGUACCUCAAUGACUUCAUAACCAGGAAAGAAGUUGCAACAGUACAGAACACCCAUAAUAUUAUUUCAACUCUUGUAUACUCUGUGCUUUUGAUGUUCUUCCUAAAUGUUGCUAAUUAGUAAAUGGAUAGCACUUUCUCGUGUUGAAAA